AUGAGGCAUGAUUCAGUACUGUACAUUCUCUCGUCUAAGAUACAAAAUGAGCCGGACGACUACAUAUUCGUGUACUACCGAGGCAGAAACGACGCGUGGGAUGGGUAUGGCGGGGCCGUGGUCUACACACGGGCCAGAGUCUUGCCAGAGACGAUCGUGCCCCAACUGGAAGAGGCGGCCCGCAACGUGGGCCGUGAUUUCAAGAAAUUCAUAAGGACAAACAACACGUGCGGGCCCGAGCCCCCGCUCGCGGAGCGACUGGAGAAGACUGUGGAGGAAGGAGAGGAGAUAAUCGCCAAGGAAGUGAAGGAGAUCGAGCAGGAAGUGGAGCGAGUCAAGGACACAGAAGUCACUCUGUUCCAGAGGUUGUCCGAAGGGUUUCAGGAGCUUAUUAAGGAUAAAGACUAUUUCCUAAAGGAGCUGAGCGAAGAGGAGAUGGAUAUCCUGAGCGAGCUGAAAAUGGAGGCCACUGAGGUGGAGAAACUUUUUGGAAAGGCGAUACCAUUGAGGAAGUUGAGGUGA